AUGGCUAUUUCAUCAUCAUCAUCAUCACUAUCGCUAUCUCUUCCAUUUCAAUUCCGUUUUUCUCUCAAAACCCAAACUCGCCGCAAUCUCCCUUGUGUUGCGGCGGCGGCGGCGAACAGCGAGAUUCCUCUCCUUCAAGUCAAUGAUCUAAGAGCAAAAAUCGUAGAAUCCAAUCUCGAAAUUCUCAAAGGCGUUAACCUCACCGUCAACAGAGGCGAGGUUCACGCUAUCAUGGGGAAAAACGGUUCUGGAAAAAGCACUUUCGCUAAGGUUCUUGUUGGUCAUCCAGAUUAUGAAGUUACUGGUGGGAGUGUUGUGUUCAAAGGGGAGAAUUUGCUUGAAAUGGAACCGGAGGAAAGAGCGCUUGAAGGUCUUUUCAUGAGUUUUCAAUCUCCGGUUGCUAUUCCAGGGGUUUCGAAUGAUCAAUUUCUUGUUAUGGCUUAUAAUGCGAGGAGGAAAAAACUUGGUCUCCCUGAACUUGGACCCCUUGAGUGUUUUUCUUAUCUGAUGGAGAAGCUACAACUUGUGAACAUGAAGCCUGACUUUCUCAAUAGGAAUGUCAAUGAAGGGUUUAGUGGAGGUGAACGAAAGCGAAAUGAAAUCUUGCAGCUUGCAGUUUUGGGGGCAGAUUUGGCUAUUUUGGAUGAAAUUGAUUCGGGAUUGGAUGUUGAUGCGCUUAGGGAUGUGGCAAGUGCAGUUAAUAAAAUUCUUUCCCCAGAGAAUUCUUUGUUGAUGAUUACUCACUAUCGGCGAAUUCUUGAUCUUUUGAAACCUUCCCAUGUCCAUGUUAUGGACAACGGCAAAAUUGCAAGGACAGGCGACCUAUCUAUGGUAGAUGCAAUUGAGGCAGAUGGAUAUGAACCGGUCUCUGCUUUAAUUUAA